CAUCCGCAAGCUAUUCACGAGUGCACUCAGGUCGCAGUCCUUACCCAGCCUCCGCCAAUUGAAUGCAAAAGUUCAGGCUAUUCCGAGCGCUAAAAGCCACCCUUCCCCCCACGAAGAUAUUUGGAAUCCAUGCAUUAGAAUUAACGUAAACUGCCUGGGAUCGACACACACAAGAGCCGGAAGGAGGCUGCGGCUGAGGCUGCCAUGCCACACCACUGCCACAUGUCAUAAGUCAACUACAGGGCUGCUGCUCCUCUUGUCCACACGCAGCUCUGGGACAGAGCGGAUGCCGCUGCAAUAUGCAUUUAUCCGCUCAGUAAGGGAGUGAGUGCGAGGGAGAGAUGAGCGAACGCUGCAGCGGAGGCACCGUCACCGGUGGCCGUCAUGCCCGGGUCAGUCCCACGCCCGGACGUGGCAGCAAGAUUGCGUACACGCCAUGUCCGCGCUCCGAGCCGCCACAGGAUCUGGCACUGGCAGUGCCGGCCCCAGCGCGCAAUUGCCUGGCCAUACCCAUGUCUUCGCUGCAGACGGCCAACGGACCCAGCAACAAAGUGAACUUCGGUGGUGGUGGCCACUCUGGAGUCACGCGAGCCGAGCCGAUCUCCCUGGCUACCUUGGAUCGGGACUGCUUCAUCAUUCCUGUGCAUAGUGUGGACCGCUUCCUGCCGGCCGGUAUACCCCUACCCGCUCUGAGUGCCGAUGGCAAGACAGCCAGUCCGCUGAGCGUCCUGGAGGUCUCCGAUCCGAAACUAUGCAUUCUGGUGCAUUUGAUGAGCCCCUUGGAGGCUAUCGAUCCCGUGAUGGAGUCACCCUUGGCGCACCCGCUGCUCAAGCAGCGCUCAAUCGCCUCCGAGCUGGUGUCGGAGGUGCAGCAGGCCAACACAGCCGUGGGCGGCAUGCUCCUGGCCAACAUGGAGAAGAGCUCCGAGUUCCCAUUCAUCUCGUACUAUCUCAUCAAUACGCUGCAAACGGAUCCUUCCAACUUCUAUGCCAGCCUGCGCGUCUCAUCGCUGUCCAAGUUCGAGCCCAAGGCCCUCAAAUACACUGCCGCCCACACUCUGGAUCUUUAUAGCGAGGUGGCAUCCAUUUACCGGCCGCCGUUGGUGCUGCCUUCGAACGAGGCCGGGAGCUUUAAGAAGUCGCAGACUGCGGCCACCGGCUACAUUAUUACCGUGUUCAAGGUGUUCGAGGGCGACGAUGGCGAAAGGUUUGAAAAGAAUUGGCUCUACUGGACAGGGGCCCGGAUGCUGUACAGAUACUUGCCACGGGCGGCGGGUCUGCGGCGCAUCGCUCUGCACAAGAGCACCUCACAGAAGGGGGACAAGAUGUACCUCCUGGUUUGCGAGUGUGCCGACUUGCUCAAGGACAUCUCGCUGGCCGCCUUUCUCAUACCGGCCAUGCGGGCCAGGCUCUGCGGCUACACGGGACUCUAUCGACCAAUACAGGCCUUCUAGAUGGAAUCGCCAUCGUCAUAUAUUUUUCUAUCAGCUAUAAAUAGUUUAGUCCGACUAAAACUCAAAUGAAACAAACACUGCAAUACGGCUGAGAUGGACUCUGCACCUGUUACGUGAUUCGAUUCUGAUUCGAUAUUUACUAGCCCUAAACAAAUUUUAAAACUCUCUCAACUCAGAUACGGAUCAGCAUCUGCCAAUUAACACUCGAUAGGCGUACAUCGUAUAUAAGUAGGAGACAAUAUACUCAAGGUAACUCAUAUCGUAUGUUAGAUUUUUCUAUAAAAAAUCUCGGGAGACAGACCCAAUAAAUAGGACCAUAUCUAGUGUGAGUUGCUAGCGAAGAACUUCCAUUUUAGCCACAACAAAUAGCGAAUCAAUCAGAGCUAUCUAUAUGUAUUCGAACCUAGAUAUAUCAAGAGUUUAACAUAACUUCGUACAUAUGUAUGUAGAAUAGACAGAUGUAUAAACGCUGAAUUUUUCGCGCUGAAAAGUAGCCUAACAAAACCGCAAACCAAGAGUCAAUUCUUAGCAUAAAAUCUAGAAAAUGUUGAUCAGAAUAACAGCAAUGUGGUCGAGGGAAAACUUUGCCCAAAUCUAACAAUCUGCCAAAAAUUAGCAACAAAAAAAACAAAACAUAAAAAAUCCGUUUGGGGUUAAAAAAAUUAUAUCAAAUUUCACUUUUAUAUACUCGUAUGUAGCUAUGUAUGUAUGUAGAAGAAUAAGGAUGCGAUGCAGACCAAACCAAAGUUUUUCAAUAAUAAUUAAUUAACAAAUUUUUGCUUGGCUAAAGCUUGCCACUAAGCCUACUAUUAAGAGACAUACUAAAUAACCUAAUGAUAUUUAAAAAUAUACAUAGGAAAAGCGAGAGAGAGAGAAAUAGAGAGAGUAUAUAUGUAUGUGUUGGUGAACUUGUUAGGCACUUACUCCACACACACUCCCACACAGACCAGGACCCUGUUGGAGGGACAUAUAAUUUUGCACAAUAAAAACAAUAUCAAAAAGUGCUGUGAUAAUUAAACUAAAGCAGAAAGGAGCCACACAAAAUGAAGAAUCGUGCUGAAGCCGAAGCCAAUAAUGUAUCUCUCAUUGAAUGGUGAUAGAAGGCAUGAUAUUUUGCUAUAAUUUGGGGUUCGUGGGAUUCAACCAGUCAAAGACAAUUAUUCCAUCUAAGUAGCUGCCAUUGAAGUGCUUCAGAGGUCUCUGGCUUAUAUUUUCCAAAAAUUAACUUGGUUUUUGUUUUCUAGUUAGUUACGAGUACUUGCAGUCCUAAAACCCACACUUUUAACGCUUAAGCUAAGCCUAAGCCAUAUAGGAUAUUAAUUACAUACUGUUCGACAUUAGUUCUUAACAAACAACAACUUUUUUGCCACAACUAAAGCUUGCAGCAACCAAAAGUU